AUGUCAUCACUUUAUAAUCUCGAGCCUCAACCUACCGCAUCAUGUAUUCUUCAUACCACAUCCGGCGAUAUCUCUCUCGAGCUUUGGGCGCAACAAGUCCCCUUAGCGUGUCGUAAUUUUCUGCAACAUUGUCUCGAUGGUUACUAUGAUAAUACUAUCUUUCACCGAUUAGUACCAGGCUUUAUUCUACAAGGUGGUGAUCCUACUGGUACUGGAUCCGGUGGAGAAUCUAUCUAUGAUGGCGGCGAAUUUUCAGAGGAAAAUGGGAUAUGGCCUAUGGAAGAGCGAAAAGGUCAGAAUGCGGGAUCGAGAGGAGUGGGAUUUAAGGAUGAAUUUCAUAGUAGGAUAAAGUACAAUAGGAGAGGAAUGUUGGGCAUGGCAAAUGAAGGGAAGGAUACGAAUGGGAGUCAGUUUUUUCUGACUUUGGGUGAUACCCCAGAGUUGACGGGGAAGAAUACUUUGUUUGGUCGCGUGGAGGGAGAAACGAUUUACAAUUUGGCGAGGAUGGGAGAGGCGGAGUGUGGUGAUGGGGAGAGACCGUUGUAUCCUACGAAGAUUACGGGGGUGGAGAUUUUGGUUAAUCCGUUUAAGGAUAUGGUUAGGAGGGAGAGGGUUGCAAAAAUUGCGAUGCCUGAGAAGAAGGCCCCGGAAAAGAAAAAGAAGAGAAAGGCUGGGAAGCAAUUGUUGAGUUUCGGGGACGAUGGAGAGGAAAAUGUGGAGGAACCGGUGGCUAAGAAAAAGGCGAAGUUUGAUACGAGGAUUGUAAUGGAUGAUGGAACUCUAGAUAUUGAACCCGAACCGGACACCAAGACGAAACCUGCGUCGAAAAAGAAAGCAUCAAAAUCACGAUCAUCAGAAGCUCCUAAAUCAUCGCCAGAACCAGAAGCAAGAGCAUCCCCUAAAUCUUUGCCCAAUAGAGCCGCAAAGUUUGAUCGAGAUAUUUCGUCCUCUCCAGAACCUCAAGUUCAAAAGGUUACCUCUUUACUGGACCGGACAAAUGCACAAAUUGCAGAACUUAAAGCCUCCAUGAAACGAAACGUUCAAACAGCCCCUGAGCCCGAAAAGAAGAAAUCUGCUCUAGAAGCAAUGAUACCAGCAACAUCCGUUCGUGGACGAAAACGUAAUGGGAAUGGGAAGUCAAAUACAAGUAACGAUCAAGCGUCCCUAGAUAUCCUACGAGCAUUUCAAGAAAAGUUAGAAGCUGCCCCGCCUGAAAAAGAAGUGGCUAAACCUGCAUCACACGAAGAGGCUGAAGCCAAGCCUGGUGAGAAUGGAACAGCUGAUGACGAAGAAGCUGCAUUAUGUGAUUUACACUUCAUCGCGAAUUGUCAGUCUUGUCAAUCAUGGGAAGCUCAAGGGGAAGAAGAAGAGGAUGUCGAUUUUAAUGAUAAGGGAUGGAUGUCACAUGCAUUAAGUUUCAAGGAAGACAAAUUAGGCAAGGAUCUGAGUUAUAGGAAGAAAGCUGAGGAGGAAUUAGUAGUUAUUGAUCCUAGAGAGAAAGCUAAAACGCUAAAGGAGGAAAUGAAGGCGAAAAGGGAAGCGAAGGCUGGAGGUUCAACGGGGAGGGAAUGGGAUAUUAAGAGGAAUGAGAAAUUGGCGCGGGGAUCGGCUUUAGCGGGGAGAGGAGCUAAAUAG